CUCUACUUUGGUUAAUCAUUUCUGAUCUGUCAGCUCUAAGAAAGAAGAAGAAACUUCUUCUAUAUUCAGUGUUCUGAAGUCUAAACUCAAUUACAGAGAAUUAUUCAGAUGAAAAUAUCUACCACGAAUCCAAGCAUGAAAGUCAUCUUAUUGAUGAUGAUCAUGGUUAUUUCGGUUGUUGUUGAUGCAGCAGAUGAUACAAAUAGGGUUUAUCAACCAUGUACAGAUACAAAAAUUCAGAGAUCUGAUGGUUUUAGUUUUGGAAUUGCAUUUUCUCAAAGGGAAUCAUUUUUCUUGAACAAGAAUAAAUCAAUUCAACUUUCUCCUUGUGAUACUCGUUUAUCUCUAUCCGGCUCUCGUCUUGCUAUAUUCAGACCUAAAGUUGAUGAAAUAUCUCUUCUUACCAUCAAUACCACUUCUUUCAAUCCGAAUUCUUUUGGUGGCCACAUGGUAGCAUUUGCUGGCCGGAAAUAUGCAGCAAGAUCACCCCCUGUUUUUGUUGCAGAUAAUGACCACAUUGUAACCAGCUUUACUCUGGUACUUGAGUUCCAGAAGGGGACAUUGCAGAACUUGUUUUGGAAGAAUGAUAAAUGUGACUCAUGCAAAGGCAAGACAAACUUUGUCUGUGUCAACAACCAAUAUUGCGCGAUCAAAACAACUAGUUGUAAACUCAAUGGGGGUAAAGUUGACUGCAGCCUCGGCAUUCAGCUAGCAUUCUCAGGCACUGAUAAACACCUUUCAGCUCUAAAUUCAUGGUAUGAAGUAGAAAAACUCAGGCAGUACUCCCUCUACAAAUUGUAUUCAAAUCUCAGGGGUUCUCUCACUGAUCAGUUCAACAAAAUCUUCUGAAUUGCUGGGUAAGGUAGCUCAUUGAUUAUACUCCCUGUAUGCUGCCGUAAUUACUUAUAUAUUCUCGGCGGCACAUCGUUCAUUUUUUCAUUUUCUUUGUAAUAUGCUGAUGUGUUGUUUUCUUCCACUUCAUCUCUUUCAGUUUUACAUUUUUCGGUUUGUGAAAUUCUGUAAAUUCACUUCAGGUUUGUUGUGUGAUAGUUGUAGCUGAUACUCAUCAUUGUAUUGUAUUUGCCGGAAAACUUUAAUGAACAUUUGAAUCUCUAUCUCUGUUCUUUGGUUGAAAA